AUGCAGCUCGUCAUAUGGGGUCUUAUAGUGUCUCAGGCCUUACUGCUCGUUUUUUCGCCGCUAUUGAAAUAUACUAUACCUUUCAAUUGGUACUAUAGGCACAUCUACCACCCGCUGUUUAAAGAUGUCAAAAGACUUACAUGGAAAUAUUGGCUAGUCCCCAUAUUUUAUGCCAGCAUUUACGGAUAUUGCAGUGUACUAUUUUACGUGAGCGUUUUGCCAGAAAUACCGAAACAAUUGCUUGAUAUAGAAACGUAUUUUGUCGUGCCAGCCCUGUUGUUCAUACCAAUAGCAAGCGGCCUGCAAUGUAUGCUCGUGAAACCUGCAUCUACGAAGUCUAGUACCACACAUGAAGCUUAUGAUUACCUGCUCUUUUUCCCAGAUACCAUGUGCCGAACCUGCAAACUUCAGAAAACAGCAAGAUCUAAACAUUGUGCUAUUUGCGACCAGUGUACGCUGGUCGCAGAUCAUCACUGCAUCUGGAUCAACAAUUGUAUUGGCAAAGGCAAUUAUCAAUAUUUUUACAUUUUCCUAUUGUCGAACUCCGUAUUGUUGUCGUAUGCUUCCGUCCGUUUGUCCAGUAUACUCUUGAAAGUUUACGUUCACGAACUGCUGAUUCUCGACAUUCUCGUUGGUGCGUUCGCGAUCAUUGUCACUGUCUUCACUUACAUGCAGUACGCGCUAGUGAGAGACGGACUGACCACGAAUGAGGAGGAUAAGUGGCUGCUGGUUCAGGACAUGAUGCGCGCGGGCAAACUUGUUGUCACAUCUGAGGGAAACUACUUCUACAGAAUCCAAGAUACCGAAAGUCAAGAAUAUGUCUUCUACAGCCCGAAUCUUUAUGAUCAUCGCGUCUACAGUGUCGGAAACUACCGCACAGUGAAAGACCAUACGGAGCUGGCAAACAUCUACGACAAGGGAAAUUUCCGUGCCAACUUGGCAGACCGAAUUAAAAGCUGA